CUCCCAGGUUUAAUAUUACCUGCAGCUCACCCUGUCCCACCUAGCACACUUAGGAGAUGCUGAGUUCACAAGCACCAGCCCUGGUGUCCUGACAUCACCUGCAGCUACAGCUGUUACAGCGUUCUACUAUCCACGGGACAGCUCUUCUGCUGCAGUAGAUACUUGCUAUAGGUGCGCUGAGACUCUGCAGCCACUGGACUCUGAGACUCUGGAGCAAUACAGUAGCUAGACUGGUACGCUGCAUCCCAUCACAGGACAUUACGCUAAUUAGGAGACUGCAGCCCUACACAAGGCAAUAGCUAGACUGGUACUCUGCAUCCCUGCACAGGGCAUUACCCUAACUAGGACUCUGCAUCCCUGCACAGGGCAUUACCCUAACUAGGACUCUGCAUCCCGCACAGGGCAUUACCCUACCUAGGACGCUGCAGCCCUGCAUGGAGCAAUAGCUGGACUGGUACUCUACAUCCCUGCCCUAACUAGAACUCUGCAGCCCUACACAGGGCAAUACACAUACAGGGUCUCUGCAGCCCCGCACAGGGCAUUACCCUAACUAGGACUCUGCAGCCCUGCAUGGAGCAAUAGCUGGACUGGUACUCUACAACCCUGCACUGGGCAAAACCCUACCUAGGACGCUGCAGCCCUGCAUGGAGCAAUAGCUGGACUGGUACUCUACAACCCUGCACUGGGCAAAACCCUACCUAGGACGCUGCAGCCCUGCAUGGAGCAAUAGCUGGACUGGUACUCUACAUCCCUGCACUAACUAGAACUCUGCAGCCCUACACAGGGCAAUAACCAUACAGGGUCUCUGCAGCCCCGCACAGGACGUUAGCCGGACUGGGACUCUGCACCGGGCAGGAAGAUGGCCAGGUGGUCCGCGAACCAUUGUAGUGACAGAGGAGUCCCGGCUCUCCCCUACUACAUAGCGGCUGUAGUGGCUCUCCUCACCUGCGGCCUGGAGUCCAGAUCGCUGAAGACAGAUGACAUUAUCAUCAGAAACCGGGGACUGCGGGUGCCCUUCGGCCGGUCCGUGUCUCUGGACCCGGUGUCGGAGCUGGUGAUCCGAGUGCAGCCCGGAGACAGAUGCGUGGUCAGCGUGCUGGGCAAUGACCCUCUUUCCCAGAGACCGGGUUCCCUGACGCCCAAGAGGUUCCCCUGCGAGUUCGGGGCAGGAGAGGUGACCUACACCCACCUGGGCGCCCGGAGCCCUGCCCGGGACCGGGUGAGGCUGCAGCUGCGGUACGACUCCCCGGCAGAGACGCUGAUCGUGCCCUGUGUGCUGGAGGUGGAGGUGCUGUUCCAGCAGCUGGAGAUCGUCUCCCGCAACCUGCCGCUGCCGGUGCUGGAGCUGCACGGCCUCAGCGCCCCCAUAGACAAGCAGGUGCUGGCCUUCUCCUACGACCCGGCCACGGAAACCUGCAGGGUCACUCCGCUGCCAAGCACCGGCGGGUCACCCAGGUACGGGCACCUGCUGAACGCCGCCCCUGGCCAAGGCGUGGACUGCCACAGCUUCACCCGCUCCGGUAUCCGCUACCAGCACACGGCCCCACAGCCGUCCCCCAACCGGGACUACCUGCCCAUGCUUGUGGAGGUGUCCGGGGGCAGCGGCGGCAGCAGCCGGCGGGAGCACUUCCAGCUGGCGGUCCGGAUACAGGCGGGGGCAGAGAACAGCGCCCCCCGGCCCAGCUUCGUCUCUAUGCUGAUGAUGGAGGUGGGACAGUUCGUGCUGACCGCCCUGACCCCGGAGAUGCUAGCGGCGGAGGACGCGGAGUCCGAGCCCGGGGAGCUCAUCUUCAACCUGACCAGCCCCCUGGCACCGGAGGCGGACGGCUACCUGCUCAGCACCGACGACCAGAACGUGCCCAUCACCGCCUUCACCCAGCGGGACGUGUCGGAGCUGCGGAUCGCCUAUCAGCCGCCGACCAGCGAGUCCUGGCUGGAGCGGAUCCUGCAGCUGGAGAUGCAGGUGAUAGAUACGGACGGAGCCGCCUCCGACACCUUCGCCUUCAUGAUCGUGGUGAAGCCCAUGAACACCCUGGCCCCGCUGGCCACACGCAACGCCGGCCUCUGGCUGCUGGAGGGACAGUCUAGACCGCUGUCAGGGCCGGGCUCCGGGAUGGACAACCUGGUGAUCAGCGACGAGGACAACCUGUCCGAGGUGCGAAUGAGCGUGGUGGGCGGUCUCCGGCACGGGCAGCUGCUCCUGGCUGAGGGGGGCACUGGUGGGGCGGGCCUCACAUUCACCCCCCAGCACCUGCACUCAGGCCUGGUGAUCUACCAGCACGAUGGCAGCGACACCUACAGUGACAACCUCAUCCUCAGGAUGGACGAUGGCAGGCACAGGGUGGAGCUGCUCUACCCCAUCACAGUGUCCUCUACAGACGACGAGCCCCCGGUCCUCAAUGCCAACACCGGCCUUAGCAUGGCAGAGAGGAGCCUGGCCCUCAUCUCGCCCUUCAUGCUCAGUGCUACAGACAUUGACUCAGAAGAUUCCACAAUCCUCUUUGUGCUCCAGGAGCCGCUCAGUACAUUGGGGCAUGUUGUCCUCAGACAGACUGAGGAACCUGAGGAGGGUGAGGUAUGGAAAUAUCUCCCUGAUGGGGUGUAUGAGAAGGGGGUAAGCCAGUGGUACCAAAAAGACAUUGUGGAUGGGAAACUCUAUUACAAGCAUGUGGGACAGCACAGUGCUGAGGUUACUUUAGACCAGGUGCUGUUCAUGGUGCAGGAUGACAAUGAUCCCCCCAACCAAUCCGGACUACAGGUGUUCACUGUGCGGAUAGAACCUGUAGAUGACCUCAAUCCUGAACUGUUCCAAGGGACAACUUUACAUAUGACUGUUAAAGAAUACGAGGUAACUCUUUUUAAGAAGAAGCACCUACGGUACACAGAUAUGGACACAGACGAUAGAAAUCUCAAAUACACUUUACACAGCCACCCCAGGGACACCGACCCCAAUCAUUCUGUUCUUACUGGCCAUAUUGUGCUUAGUGAUCUUCAGGAUGUUCAGGUGACCUCUUUUACUCAAGCCCAAAUUAACCAUCACAAGAUUUCCUACAGGCCACCUGAAAAGGAACUGGGAAUAGUCCCCAAAGUUUUACAGUUUAACUACACUGUGGAAGAUGCUUCAGGGAACUCAAUCAAUGGAACUUUCACUAUUUUCCUGCAACCUGUGGACAACAAACCACCUGAAAUCAUCAACACUGGGAUCACUGUCCAAGAGAGGGGUUCUUUUGAUUUUACCAAAUCUGAGCUUGAUGCCACAGAUCCAGACACAGAAGCAGAAAACAUUGUGUUCAGCUUAUCACAAGCCCCAUUACAUGGUAAUUUGCAGUAUCGUGGUGAACCAGUCUCCCUAGGAAAAUCGUUUGGGCUACUUGAUAUUGAACAAGAACAUAUAUCCUAUGCCCAUAACGGGGAUGAAUCCACCUUUGACUCCUUUUCAUUAGUGGUCAGUGAUGGUGUGCAUGAAGUUCCUAUUACAACAAGAAUACGUGUUAAGCCAGUGGAUGAUGAGGCACCCACGCUGAUGCUUCCUGGUGGACUUUUGGGAUCCUCCUUAGAGGUCCUGGAGAGAGGAGAAACAGAAAUCACUACAAAUGUCAUCCAGGGCACUGACCCUGACACUGAUGACCUAAUUCUUACUUUUAUUGUAGAAGAACCUCCCCAAAGAGGAGAAAUAUUGGUCAAUGGUGUUCCAGCUGAAAGAUUCUCUCAACAAGACCUCCUCAAUGGUGAUGUCAUGUAUGCACAUACAGCAGGAGAGAUAGGCCUUCACAGACAGCAAGACUUUUUUAACUUAACAAUGUCAGAUCUUUCUAAUGAGUGGGUGAUUGGAGGCAACAAAGUGAAUGGCGUGAAGGUUCAUGUAACCAUUCUCCCAGUAGACAGCGAAGAACCCAUUGCAAAAUUGGGUGAUCAAUUCUCCGUAUUAGAAGGUGGCAAAAAUGUGAUCAUACCUGAAAACCUGGAUGCUGAAGAUGUUGAUACAUCAAAGGAUGAAAUAUUAUGUACUAUUAUUGUCCAACCUACAUCAGGAUAUAUAGAAAAUAUCUCCCCAGCCCCUGGUUCAGAAAAGUCCAGAUCUGGAAAUCCUAUUAGUGCCUUUAGCAUAAGAGAUAUCCAUCUUGGCCAUAUAUAUUAUGUUCAAAGUAUCCACCAAGAAGUAGAGCCCAUAGAAGACAGGUUCACUUUCCGUUGCUCAGAUGGUGUCAGCUUUUCUCAGCCCCUCUUCUUUCCUAUUGUCAUAAUCCCAAUGAAUGAUGAGAAACCAGAAAUAUUUACUCGGGAGUUUAUUGUUAUGGAAGGAAUGAGCCUUGUGAUUGACACCCCCAUUCUCAAUGCUGCUGAUGCAGAUCAACCCCCAGAUGAACUUCUCUUCAUAAUUACUAAGCCUCCUCAGCAUGGCAGAGUAAUGCUGCAGCAAAGUGCCUCUCCCAUCUUUAACUUCACCUUGGAGGAUAUAAAAGAAAGUUCUAGUAUCAUUUAUGAGCACGAUGACUCUGAGACCAAGGAGGACAGUUUUAAUAUUCUCCUAACAGAUGGAGAUCACAGUGUGGAGAAAAAGAUACUUGUAAUGAUCAUUCCUGUAGAUGAUGAGACCCCAAGAAUGACAAUCAAUGAUGGACUAGAGAUUGAAAUUGGAGAAACAAAAUUAAUUACAAAUAAUGUCCUAAAAGCCACAGAUUUAGAUUCUGAUGAUAAAUCUCUAAUCUAUAUCAUUCAAUUUGGCCCAAAUCAAGGACUCCUACAAUACCUUGACCAAGGUGGCACAGUAUUGAGUAACAUCACAGUAGGAAUGAAUUUUACACAAGGUGACAUUGACCAGGAACUCAUCCAGUACACCCACAUAGGUCAAGAAGGUAUCCGUGAUCUCAUCAAAUUUGACAUCACAGAUGGGAUUAACCCAUUUAUUGACAGGUACUUUUACAUUAGUAUUGGCAGCAUUGACAAUGCCUUCCCAGAUGUUAUCAUCAAAGGUGUCACGCUAAAAGAGGGAGGAAAAGUAACACUGACAACUGACCUUCUAAGCACAAGUGACAUCAACAGUCCAGAUGAGAAUUUGAGAUUUAGCAUCACAAGGGCACCAAGUCGUGGUCAUCUGGAGAGCACAGAUCAGCCUGGGAUCCCUAUCACAACCUUCACUCAACUCCAUCUGGCUGGGAACAAGGUCUAUUACAUUCACACCUCAGAAGAUGAGAUGAAGAUGGACAGUUUUGAGUUUGAAGUGACAGAUGGCUUCAAUCCUCUGUUUCGCACUUUCAGAAUUUCAAUAACCGAUGUGGACAAUAAGAAACCAGUUCUUACAAUUCAGGACCUGGUGGUAAACGAAGGAGAAAAUAAACUCAUCACUCCAUUUGAACUGACUGCUGAGGAUAGGGACACUCCUGAUCACUUAGUGCGAUUUACAAUAACUCAGGUCCCAGUGCAUGGGCAGAUUUUGUUAAACAACAGCCGCCAAAUAACUACCUUCACUAAGCAAGAUCUAAAUGAUAAUUUAAUAAGUUAUAGGCAUGAUGGGAGUGAGACUUCUGAAGAUAGUUUCUCCUUUACUGUCACUGAUGGAACACACACAGACUUUUACAUAUUCCCAUACACCAUGCUUGGAACAAGGAAACCGCAAAUGAUGAGGAUUAGAAUACAUUCCUUGGAUAAUGGUGUUCCCCAAAUUGCUGUUAACAAAGGGGCUGCAACAUUAAGAAGUCUUUCCUCUGGACAUCUUGGUUUUCUCAUCACCAGUAAAUCAAUGAGAGCAGAGGAUCGAGAUAGCCCCAACAGAAUGCUGAAAUACAGAAUCACAGAUGGGCCAAAGCAUGGGGCCAUUGUCAAUAUGGCACGCGGCAAUGACACUGUGAAGACCUUCACACAGGCUGACAUUGACGAUCUGAAAGUCUGCUACGUUCUAAAGGACGGUGAGAAUGUUACUAGUGACAUCUUUCAUUUCUCAGUAGAAGAUAACGGCGGUAAUAAACUCAGCAGUCAGCCAUUUCGCCUAAACUGGGCUUGGAUAUCACUGGAUAGAGAUCAGUAUACUAUUGAUGAAGAUGCCAAGUUCCUAGAAGUGACCCUUAAGCGUCGAGGAUACCUUGGAGAAACUUCAUUUGUUAGUAUCAGCACAAAGGAUGGAGCAGCAAUUAAAGAUAAAGACUUUAAAGGAAAAGCACAAAAGCAAGUUCAAUUCAACCCUGGUCAAACAACAGCCACAUGGAAAGUUAGGAUAAUAGCUGAUGACGAGUAUGAGGAGUCUGAGACUUUCCAGAUAAUACUGUCCGAACCUGUCAUGGCUGUUCUGGGGUAUCCCAAUGAGGCUACGGUUGAGAUAGUGGACCCUGGUGAUGAAUCUAUGGUGUAUAUCCCACAAUUAGAGUAUAAAAUUGAGGAAGAUAUUGGUGAAUUACUAAUCCCCAUUAGAAGAUCAGGAGAUGUUAGACAGGAAGUUAUGGUGGUCUGCUCAACACACCAAGGCUCAGCGACAGGCACUGUUCCUUCGUCAGUUCUGUCCUACUCUGAUUACAUCACGCGUCCAGAUGACCACACCAGCGUUAUCCGCUUUGACAAGGAGGAGACAGAAAAAACCUGUCGCAUUAUCAUAAUUGAUGACUCUCUUUAUGAAGAAGAUGAGGAGUUCAACGUCACCCUUAGCAUGCCAAUGGGUGGACAAUUAGGGGCUGAAUUCCCUAGUGCCAGAGUUGUUAUUCUGGUAGAUACAGAUGAUGAGCCAGCCUUCUACUUUGCUGAUGCUGAUUACUAUGUUGAUGAAAGUGUUGGAUAUGUUGAAGUUCGAGUCUGGAGAACGGGAACAGAUCUCUCCAAACCUGCCACAGUCACAGUACGCUCCAGAAAAACGGAUCCACUUUCUGCAGAUGCAGGGACAGAUUAUGUUGGCAUUAGUAGAAACCUUGACUUUGCUCCUGGAGUGAAUAUGCAGAGUGUUCGGGUGAUCAUUCUUGAUGACUUGGGCCAACCAGCUUUGGAGGGUCUGGAAAAGUUUGAACUGGUCCUCCGUAUGCCUAUGAAUGCCGUGCUGGGUGAACCAAGCAAAACAACCAUCACCAUCAAUGACACAGUAUCUGACUUACCCAAGGUACAGUUCAAGGAACCCGUGUACAUUGUGAAUGAGAAGGAUGGGCAGGUAUCAGCUACCAUAUACAGAAGUGGAGAUGUCAGCCAUAAAUCUACAGUGCGAUGCUACACUCGCCAGGGCUCUGCGCAGGUCACAUUGGAUUAUGAAGAAAGGCCAAACACUGAUGAGUCUUUGGUUGUAUUUCUCCCAGGUGAUAUUGAGAAGCCGUGUGUAGUGACUCUGGUGGAUGAUACACUCUAUGAGGAGAAAGAAGAAUUCAGACUUGUUCUUGGAAGUCCAAGAAGUGACUUGCAUUUUGGAGCUUCAGUUGGAGAACAAAAUGAAACUCUGAUGAAGAUAAAUGAUGUGGAAGACAAACCAAUUAUUAGAUUUUCAGAAGUUAAAUAUAGUAUAAAAGAGCCUCAGGAAGUUGGGGAAAUUGCCGUGGUGAAAAUCCUUGUACUGCGCAUAGGCGACAGCUCCAAAGUGUCUAUUGUGAGGAUCCACACAAAGGAUGGGUCAGCCACUUCAGGGGAAGACUACAACCCACUCUCUGAAGAUGUUGAAUUUAAAGAAGGCGAGACUGAACACUUUGUUGAAUUAGAAAUAUUAUAUGAUGGCAAAAGGGAAAUGCGUGAAGCUUUCACUGUUCAUUUAAAACCCGAUGACAACAUGGUAGCUGAAACACAGAUGAAUAAAGCCAUUGUAUACAUUGAAGAAAUAGACAGUGUUGCUGAUGUGACUUUUCCAUCUGUACCCCAAGUUGUUUCUCUCUUAAUAUAUGAUGAUACUUCUAAAGCAAAAGAGAGUCCAAGUCCUCAAACUGGAUACCCUGUAGUAUGUGUAACGGCAUGCAAUCCAAAAUACUCAGAGUUUGACAAAACAGGCUCCAUCUGUGCUGCUGAGAAUAUUAAUGACACCCUUACUCAGUACCGGUGGCUCGUCAGCGCUCCCAGUGGCAGUGAUGGGGUGACCAGUCCUAUGCGCGAAGUGGAUUCUAAUACAUUUUUCACAGACACCAAGUCAAUCACUUUAGACUCCAUCUACUUCCACGCUGGCUCCCGGGUUCAGUGUGCUGCCAGAGCAGUCGCUGCUAACGGAGAACCUGGCCUUGAGCUACUGAGCCCCAUUCUCACUGUCAGCAGAGAAGAAGGUCUUUGUCAGCCACGUGUUCCAGGAAUAGUAGGUGCUGAACCCUUUUCUGCAAAAAUUCGCUACACAGGCCCUGAAGAUCCUGAUUAUCCCAACCUGAUAAAGCUGACAGUAACUAUGCCUCACAUGGAUGGUAUGCUUCCUGUUGUGUCAACCAGACACAUGUCCAACUUUGAACUGACUCUUAGCCCUGAUGGCACUCGGGUCGGAAAUCAUAAAUGUUCUAACCUCCUGGACUACAAUGAGAUUCCUACAAAGCAUGGCUUCAUUACAGAGGACACGAAAAACGAUGAAGUAAUAGGUGAAACAUCUCCAUACCAAUACAGCACGGCUCUCAGAUCGGCCAGGACCUUGCGUUUCUAUCGGAAUCUGAAUCUGGAGGCCUGCCUCUGGGAAUUUAACAGCUACUAUGAUAUGUCUGAGCUCCUGACAGACUGCAGCGGAACUAUAGGGACUGAUGGACAAGUGUUAAAUUUGGUUCAGUCAUAUGUCACCCUGCGAGUGCCUCUCUAUGUGUCCUAUGUAUUUCACUCACCGGCUGCAGUUGGUGGUUGGCAGCACUUUGACCUGCAAUCUGAGUUAAGGUUGAAGUUUGUGUAUGACACGGCAAUCCUGUGGAAUGAAGGAAUUGGCAGCCCCCCAGAGUCGGAGUUGCAGGGAUCUCUCUACCCAACCAGCAUGCGCAUUAAUGAUGAAGGGCGUCUAGUUGUGAACUUUAAGACUGAAAUCCGCUUCCGUGGACAGUUUGUCAUGUCCCAUCCAGGUACAUCUUUGUCAUCCAUGGUCAUGUCAGUCGACCAUCCAGAGCUCACUUUUACAUUGAGCCUUCUCCGCAGUGAGCCGAGCUUCAGACAGCCUAUGCAGCAGUGGAGUUUUGUCUCAGACUUUGCUGUACGUGAUUACUCCGGAACUUACACAGUAAAGCUUAUCCCUUGUAGUGCAUCUCCUAACCAAGAAUAUACUGUGAUUCCCAUAUGUAACCCACGUGAGCCUAUCACGUUUGAUAUAGAUAUUCGGUUUCAGCAGGUCAGCGAUCCGGUAUCAACAGAGUUCAGUCUGAACACACAAAUGUUUUUAUUGUCCAAAAAGGAACUGUGGCUAUCGGAUGGCUCAAUGGGAUUUGGUGAGGGAACGGAUGUUGCUUUUUCUGAAGGCUCUAUGAUUUAUGGGCGAGUCAUGGUGGAUCCUGUUCAAAACCUUGGAGACUCUUUCAUCUGCAACAUUGAGAAAGUAUUUUUAUGUACUGGAGCAGAUGGCUAUGUACCCAAAUACUACCCAGAGGACAAGGAGUUUGGAUGCCUUGCAGACUCUACAACUUUACUUUAUAGAUUCAAGAUAUUGGACAAGGCACAGCCAGAAACUCAAGCUAAGGUGUUUGGAAAUGUUGCAUUUGAUGCUAAAUUAGUCGCUGACAACCCAGAAGCUUUGCCCUUGGUAAAACAGCCAGGAUCUGAUGGCUUCAGCCUCUCAUCAGAUGCUCUGUUCCAGGUGGCUGCAGGUCGUGAAUGGUUUAUUCAUACCAUCUAUACAGUCCGCUCUAAAGAAAAUGCCAAUAGAGGCAUUGGAAAACGUAGUCUGGAUUACCACCAUACCAUGAGUAGUGCUACAGGUCAUGGUGAUCAAUUGUUUUUGAAGAGAAACCGAAGAGCAAAUGAAGAGGAUUCAGCCGUCACACAAGACAUUGGCACAGAUAAGAACAGAGGAACAAAUAUUCAGCACAUCACUCUUACACAAUCCCGUAGGGUCUCUGGCAAGGAUGCAUUCCCUGGAAGUGGGCAGCUGGAUAAACCUGCCUUGGAAAUUACUGGCCAGGAUCCGCAAGACACUUUGGUGCCCGUCAUUGGAGGAACAGUUGCUUUGCUGCUCCUGGUUUGCACAACAGUUAUUAUCGUUGUGCUUGUAAAACAUAGAGGACGCUCACAGUCAGAUAAAAAGUCUGCGUCCAACAGUCACUGCAAUAGCCAUGAAACUGUAACCACUCAACACAGCAGCAGUGACAGUUCCGAGGUAUAGAAGAACGGAUAUGGCUUUUACAUACCCUCACAUGCUUACUGCUUACAUUUUGGUAAUAUUAUUAUUUAAGUAUCAACAGUUAAGCAGUGGCCAUUGAUGAGUGUUGUAUAGAACUUUGUGAGGUAUUGGUCAACCAUAUUAAAGGUCUUUCAUAUCUGAGCAAAACUGUGCAACUGCCAAUUCUUGAUGGAACAGUGAUGCUGCAAAUGUCUGCCAACAAAAGUGCACCCCAUUGACAGGUGCCAGCAACAGCCUUCUUCAUUUUUGGACUUUGUGACAUUCUACAAUGGAACAGAUGAAAGCAAUAUACAUUACCAUGUGACGUUAGCUGUAGCUCUGAUAAAAAAGAAUAUAGAAAAAAAUGCAAAUGAGUGCAGUUGGUCACAUGACUGAAUGCAUGCGGGGAGUACUUCCUGCGCUGUUUUACAGCAUUGUUUAGUCCUUAGACUUGUUCUGACGUCUGGGACAAAAUGCACUAGCGAAAAUGUACAUUAUAUUAAACUGUUUUAGUCAAGAACACUGAUUUCAAUUACUGCAAUACACGUUGUGCCUUUACGCCUGUUAGAAGGGAUUACAGUAGUGUGUAUUAUAUACAGUCUUUGCUUUUAUUGUUCUGUUUUAUUUACGGUCAAUGCCUGAAUUCCUGAACACUCUUAAGCUGGGUAUAUGCUUAGCUGAAUCGGCCACUCUGUCUGCAUAGUGUGUACCCAGCAUAAGAAACAAUGGGGACAAUGAAAAAAAAAAUUAAAUGAAAAAUAAAAUUAUUGCAUUUUAAUGUUAUUUUUAUAAACAUUAUGAAAUCGUGUUUGGACAGUAAACACUACUUUCUAUGUUUAACAUUUUUAGAAAUCUCAUGGGUUAGGUCUCCUGUGAGGUGAGGUAAGGACCUUAUCACAGGUGACACCAAUAAAUGGGCUCUCCUCCCACCUCCUUAUAUGCCGCUCCCUGCCUACCCUAGCGCUCCUGUCAGCAGUCAUGAGUGCAGGGUGGUACAAGUCUCUGACAGACAGGAUUACACUGGAGACAGAGAAGGUGCUCUUCCUCUCCUGAGACAUAUUCUCCUCUCCCUACCUUACUCUUCUUGUCGUGUCUCCUGCAGUGAGAGGCCAAUGUCCAGAGAAACAGGUUGUCAGUGUGUACAAGUACCACCAUGGGCUGUAGAGGGCCUGUGCCUAUGAAACGCGCUGCUCACUUCCACUUUCAUCUGACUGUAACAUUAUUAGCAUACUUAUGCUCAGUGUACUAUUCAUACAGUACAUCUCCCCCCUCCAUCAUUGAGAAUCCCUUCACCAGGUAAAAGCAAACUCUUACCUUAUAAACCCUGCAAGAAUAACAGCUCUGCAGUAGAGCAGGCUGACAACACAGCUUUAUGAAGCUCAUAUAGCAAAGAGAAGGUAAAGCCUGCAUUAGAAAGACAGCAAGGAAUCAUGUAAAGGGAAGAGAGCCACAAAAUGUUAUGUAGACACCACAAACUACAAUAGCUGUUACAGUAUUUAUAUAUAAAGUAUAUUCCCUAUUGAGCAAAUUAAUGUCCUUUGCAUGUGAUGUGUGCAGUUAUUGUGGAACAUGCAUCAACACAAAGCAUUGACCUGCUCCUUUAUUAUUUCUUUCCCUUUGCUCAGAAAAUACGGCUUGCGUAGCAGUCAUAUAUGUUUCAUAUAAUUCCUAUAACUGAUGCAACACUGGCUCUGUCUUUAUUUUGAGUGACAUUUACAUUUGCUUUUUAAUAUAUAUUGGUUUAAGCUCACAUAUUCAUGAACAGUUUGCAUUUUGUUAAGGUUGAGUACCAUCCAUAGCUAAGCAUUUACAUCUCUUGGGAAACAACAUGUUGUUGUGCAGCUAGUUAGCAUAGUGGGGUUCAUUAUUGUACCAGACCAUCAAUGGUGGAGAGUGCUGCCCUUACCCCCAGACCUGGACCUCGUUAUGUACAUAGUGUAGCUCAGUAUUGUACCAGAUCAUCAAUGGUGAGGAGCACUGCCCUUCUCCCCACUAGACCUGGUCAUCAUUGUGUACAUAGUAGGGCUUAUUAUUGUAUUAGAUCAUCAAUGGUGGGGAGCGCUGCCCUUCCCCCAAGACCUGGCCAUCGUUAUAUACAUAGUGGGCCUUAGUAUUGUACCAGAUCAUCAAUGGUGGGGAGCGCUACCCUUCCCCCAGACCUGGCCCUCGUUAUGUACGUAGUGUGGCUCAGUAUUGUACCAGAUCAUCAAUGCUGGGGACUGCUGCACUUCCCCCCAGACGUGGCCAUCUUUGUAUACAUAGUGGGGCUUAUUAUUGUACCAGAUCAUCAAUGGGGUGGAGUGCUGCCCUUCUCCUCAUUCCUGGCCAUUGUUAUAUACAUAGUGGGCCUCAGUAUUGUACCAGAUCAUCAAUGGUGGGGAGCUCUGCCCUUCCCCCCAGACCUGGCUCUCGUUAUGAACAUAGUGUGGCUCAGUAUUGUAACAGAUCAUCAAUGCUGGGGAGUGCUGCACUUCCCCUCAGACCUGGCCAUCAUUGUGUACAUAGUGGGGCUUAUUAUUGUACCAGAUCAUCAAUGGUGGGGAGCACAGCCCUUCCUCCCAGACCUGGCCAUCAUUAUGUACAUAGUUGGCCUCAGUAUUGUACCAGAUCAUCAAUGGUGGGGAGAGCGCUCUUCCCCCCAGACCUGGCCAUCUUUAAAUACAUAGUGGGCCUCAGUAUUGUAUCAGAUCAUCAAUGGUGGGGAGCGCUGUCCUUCACCCCAGACCUGGCCAUUAUUAUGUACGGAAUUUGUUCAUUCCAGCAAUAUUUAUCUAGUAAAACGUACUAAAAACAUUAUCAUUAUUAUUCCUAAUCUUUUCCAGCCAUUCAGUAAGUAUAAGGCAUCUGUAUGAGUUGUUGUAAAUAUCUAAGGUGAAUAUACAGUUUCACCAUACCAAAUACUAUAUAUUGUUAUUGUUUAUGGCUUUUGUUAAUUGCAAUUUUUAACUAUCUUUAAAAGUAAAUUGAAAUUAGAAAACCUAUCCUUAAACAAAGUAAAGCAAUAUAUGCCAUUAUGUUUUAUUUACUUGAAGCACACUAAAGAUGCAAUGCAUACCUCUCACUUGAACAUGUGUAUUUAUGCAAAUUAAUUAUUCUUGAAAAACAAAUAAAUAAAUUUUUAUGACUUAAUAA